CUCCACCUCGUUUCCUCUUUUCUCUCCGCCGGUUUCCUUUUGUUUUCCUCGGUGGCGAUGAGCGCAGAGUUGGAGCGGUGGCUUGAGCGGGAGUGGGGCCAGCGCUGCUAGCCUGCUAGCUGGGCGCUCAGCGGACGCCACCUCCACGUCGCCCCUCGCAGCCCCAGGAGUAGAGUCCCAGUGCCGCCGUCAGUAACCGGGAGCCGGAGGCGGAGCAGGAGCGGGAGCUACAACUUGGGGGACCUGCUGCCUCUUGAAAUUGUUCAUGCUGGGCAACUACCUCAUUCCAUUGGACUAAAGGAGUCAUCAUAUCAUUAUCAUCUUCUUCAUCACCAUCACCAUCAUCGCAUCACAACUGUAGAGCCAACUACAAAGUACUUUUCUUGACACUAUCCUGUGAGAAGAAAAAACUGAGGCCUGGAGUGAAGAAGUAACUAACUAACUUGCCCAGAGCCAAAACAACUAGGAAGUGGCUAGGAUCCACAUCUAGGUCUUCUGACUCUUAGGGGCAUGGUCUAGUGGUCUGGCCUUAGGACUUGGAGUCUGGAAGCCUGAAAAUUCUCAUCUCAAUUCUGAUUCUGAAUUCUGCUGGCCUUGGGUUUUAAGUUAUCUGGAAGGACAGAAUGGGGAAACAAAAUAGCAAGCUCCGUCCCGAAGUGCUCCAGGAUCUCCGGGAGAACACUGAAUUUACAGACCACGAGCUGCAGGAGUGGUACAAAGGGUUUCUAAAGGACUGUCCCACUGGCCACUUGACUGUCGAUGAGUUCAAAAAGAUAUAUGCCAACUUCUUCCCCUAUGGCGACGCAUCGAAGUUCGCAGAACACGUCUUCCGCACCUUCGACACAAAUGGUGAUGGGACGAUUGACUUCAGGGAAUUCAUCAUUGCCCUGAGUGUCACCUCUCGGGGGAAGCUGGAACAGAAACUGAAGUGGGCAUUUAGCAUGUAUGACCUUGAUGGUAAUGGCUAUAUAAGCCGUGGGGAGAUGCUCGAAAUUGUACAGGCCAUAUACAAAAUGGUAUCAUCGGUAAUGAAAAUGCCUGAAGAUGAGUCCACUCCUGAGAAGCGAACAGACAAAAUUUUCCGGCAGAUGGACACAAACAAUGACGGUAAGCUGUCGCUGGAAGAAUUCAUUAAAGGUGCCAAGAGUGAUCCUUCUAUUGUCCGGUUGUUACAGUGCGACCCAAGCAGCGCAAGUCAGUUCUAACCCCGCUCACAUCUGGACAGUUGCAAAGAGCCACUGGCUUGUCAUUCCAGCUUUGCUUACAGAAAUGGAUGCCUUCUCAAACCAUUCCUCUGCUGUUCUCGGAUAAGGUCCCUUGGUCUGGUGGUUUCCCUCCAUGCAGCGGCAUGGCCAGCCGCAACUCCCCAUCAUCCAUGCCAGGGCCAAAGUCCUUUGGUCAUCCAAAUUUAUUUUCAGUUUUCCUUCUGUCAUCCUGAUUCCUUUACAGAGCCCUAAUAUCACUUAGAGAUAUGUUUCAUGCGGACAUAAAGGUGGGGCUCAGGCCCCGGGGCGGGAGACAUCUCCCUUCACUUGGGGAAUCUGUAUGAACACAUUCUAAUAACCAUGAGAAGAGCUGAGAUAGGACAUUAUAAAAUAGAGCCAAGGUUAGCUAAUUUAUUUUGCUUUGAAAAUGACUGUUUGAAGAGUUGGAAGCUAAAAGCAGACAGAACGAACCCUUUCCUAUGCAUGAUUUUAUUCUUUUUCUUUUUGUUGGGAAAAAAUGACUUGCACUUAUCCGAUGAUGGUCUCUGCUUUCUUUUAACAUAUAAAUUAUAUAUAUAUAUACACAUGGUGAAGUACAGUUUCAUGGUAAGGUCACCUAUUUAAUGCAUCUGAUAGCUUUUCCAGCUUUUUCCUCCCUUAGUGGCCUGUGAUUAACCCAAUGCUGAUUGUUUUGUGGUAUUUAUGCAUCUGCAACUUGCUGUCUUUCAGAAGAAAUGCAUGUUCAGCCAUUAUUGUGGCUAUUCCACUGUCCAAUACCUGAAUGCACAUAUUUGUUCAAGGUUCGUUUUUACUGUUGGUUGGUCCGGCGUGUCCUGUAUUAAAAUCAUGAAAUAAAAGGAAUGAUCUGAAGCUUGCAUUUUUCCAUCAAAGUUCUACCCUGGGGCAUGUGGCUUCCAGUGGUCACCAUCCUGUAAGGGGCAGUUAAUCUAUUCACCCUGCUCUUUGUAAACAUUGCUCCCUCCUCAUCCCUUGCACUGUCACUGUGUUGAUCAAUCUUAUGCAUUCCAGUGUUAUUUAAUAUCUGCUUAAUGCCAAGAGAUAUUAAUUGAAAUAAAAUGAUGACUUUUCUUGUCAGCUC